ACAACCUACAUCCAAAAUGUUUCGGUACGAGAGACCAUCUUAAACCUGACUCUGAGCAGCCUUGCUCCUGAAUUUGUCAUCUUUGAAGUAGAAGACUACCAGCUGUGGUUCCAAGUCUAUUUGAUUCCUGUGAUAGCAAGCAUCCAACCUGACAGCCUGUGGGUGAUACCCCGUAACAUCAGCUGUGAAUCCUACGGAGCUAUAGUCACUGGCCUAACGGAAAGCCUGAACAUCCUGCCACUGCACAUUUCAAUGGACGUGAGAUCAAGCCUGGAAUCACUGCAGGAGGCCUUCCCAGCUUGUGCAAAACUGGAUUCUUUCACGUGCAAAGACACUCAUGUUGAUGAAAAACUCAUCUGCUCCGAGGUAGACAGCUCUCAACUCCAAGCACUGAAAGAUGACAAUUCUACUGAAGCCGUGUGCAACUUCAACAUCACUCAACAUGCCUGUGCCCCGACAAGAAGACUCUCAGCAGAAAACUUGGCCAUGCUCUUGAAGUGCUCUCUGGAAAGCAACCAGAUGUACGUGGUGGAAGUUUGGCAGCUUCUUUUCCAAAAAGCUUCUCCCGUACUCAGCCAGGCUCUGGCCUCAUUCUCCGCCAUGGUCCCCACCGCCAUGGGCGCUGCCUAUUCCAAUCCUCUUGAUGCUCUGAGAGAAGUGGUUGCUAAAAACCUUACACAGGAUCAACUGAAGGGUGAAGAUUUUGUUAGAAGUUGGUUCCAGAUGCGUCUCGGUCCAUUCCUGGCCUCCCCGUCAACAAAUUUCCUCUUCUGCCUUGGCACCUACAACUUCAGCUGCCAGACCUACCAGAUUGUCGUCGGCGCAUUCAGCAACCAAAGCCCACUGAUGGACGACAACAGAAAGCGGACAGUCUUUACUCACUUCAUCCAACCGUUCCUUUCCAGAAAGGAUUUGCCAGACCCAGGCUGUGUGUCAUCUGCCAAUAGCAGUCAGUUCUGGCUCCAGGCCAACCUUGGCAAUUUCUCUCAAUUUGCGAGCAUAAAGGAUUUGCGAGCCCUUUAUCCAAACUUCUCCAGUGCCGAAGCCUUGUCGAAACUGUCUCCCUCUCAGGUAGCAGAGUUACUGCUGAGCACAGACAUCUCAAAUGACACAAAAUUUGUCGAUCAAGUCUUUGAGCGACUGCAGGUUGGAAACGCUGUUGAAAACGUGGACGCAUUCUUUACCAAACUUACAGAGAAGGAGGAGGUUCCGGAGUUUCAAGUUGACGUGAGAGAUCGCAUCAUGAACAAGACCUACGACAUCAUGGGUCCCUUUUUCCCAAAGUUCCCUGAAAAGGAUCUUUUUGACUGGUUCCAUGUCAAACUGGUCCCGGUUCUCCCAAGUUUCACUCCACAAAUGCUCCAAGGUGUAAUUACCAACAUCAACUGCACAAAAUACCAUGUCAUUGUGAGUGGGAUGGGCAAUGUUGUGUCUGACAUAGCUCAGGAAAGACAAGAAGAAAUUGCAGCUGUUUUACUGCAGUACCUGAUAAACUCUGCUGAUGUCAUCAACCAGCCAGCUUGCAGAGUAAACAUCCAGACCGAUUCCCAGUGGGUGGAAACAAACCUGGGCCCAUUUUCUCAAUACGCAACAUAUUCUGAGCUCAAAUUCUUCAACCUCUCUCAGAUUACCAUAGUAGAUUCACUUUCUUCUGGACAAAAAGCUGAAUUUCUCCUUCAAUCCGAUAUUCUUGCCAAUGUCUCUCUUGUCAUCACUGUUUUUGAACGUUUCACUACAUCAGCUUCCUUGGAAAACCUGGAGUCCUUCUUCAACACAUUUGUUGGUGGUCUUGCUCAGCAAAAUCUGACUGCUGUUAACCCCAACAUGCGUGACAAUAUUCUAAAUCUGACAUUAACAGCACUUGCACCAAAGUUCCACCUUUUAAAUCCUGAGGGUUUCAGAUUAUGGUUCCAGGUCUACCUCCCACUCUUCCUCCCAAGCAUCAAAUCAACAACCUUUGAAAUAAUUCCCAGAAACAUCUCCUGCAGUUCAUACCAACAAGUGGUCAAAGGAUUGGACAACAUUAUCAGCCAGCUCUCCGAAGCACAGAACCAAGAGGUUCUAAAGUUUGGAUUAGACUUUCUCAAAGCUCAGUUAACUUCAGGGCUUUCCUGUGUUGACGCUGGGACUGAAACUAAUGACAGAGGUUGGCUUAAAGCCAACUUUGGUCAGUUUCGUCUUCAAGCCUCUUUUAAGAAUUUUCUGUCUCUGAAGAAAGAUUUCAAAGGAGCUGAGGUGGCAGAUCUUCUCACUUUCAGUCAGCUGAAGGAGCUUGCAGCAACCCCUUCGCAGCUAAACGGAACACAAGAUGUGACAAAAGUCAUGACCGUCAUCGAGCCGGCUGACUUUGCUGCUUUCUUUGAUUCACUCGCUCAAGCAGUUGCGGCCCAGUCUGUGAACUACACACAGGAAGUGAAAUCUGCCUUCCUCCUGGCAGUUUUUGACAGGGGAGGUCUUCCAGCUGUCAGUGACGAAGACUUCCUGCAGUGGCUAAGGCGACUGCAGCCGUUGCUCAUUGACCUCUCUCCAAAUCUGGUGCCCCGCUUUGUCAGUCUGGCAGCAAACAGGAGCUGUGCCACCAGCCAGGAGACGAUAAAUGUGCUUCACACAAUACAGACAACGCUCAGCAACAACACUAAAACCGAGGUCUACAGAAACAUCCUCAUUUUCCUCCAAGAUCAAACGCCACUAAAGUGUUACAGUGGUGGAAGCUUCUACAUCUUCCUGAAGAACAACUUCCUCAGCUUUGGCUUUCCUGAUGUCCCGUCAUUCAUCUCUCUUCUUCCACCAACACGCAAAUCAGAGCUCCUAAAUACCAUUAGCACCUCAGAACUGCGUCAGUUCCUCAUUCAGCCUGGCGCAAUCAGUAACAGUUCAGGCAUCUGCAUCAUCUUCAGCAACUACAACAACACUCCUUCCUUCCUAGAAAACGAGGACGUCCCAGAUGAUGUGAGGAGGAUCAUCCUUCCCUGUGUUUGGCCUUUGGCUCUGAGCAGCAACAGAAGAUCUGAGGUUGAUCUGUGGUUUAACGUACGUUUGAGGAACUAUCUGAGGUUCCUCACCAAGGAUCUCAUCAGCUUCAACAAAGUGCAGAAUGCCUCGUGUCUCACCUUCCAAAAACUGGUGUCUUUCAUGGGAAAGAACUUCACCUUCACCAGUUCAGACUUUGGACAGCCAGAUGUGUACACCACCAUCAGAAGCUACCUUGGUGCUGAAUCUGUGGCCAGAUGCUACAACGCCACAGACCCAGAUCUGAACUCCACCUCCUGGUUUGUCAACUACAUCGGCAGCUUUGUGAUAUUUAUCACUCUGGAUGAUUUCAAAAACUUUGUCAACACCUCUCAGCUGAUUGUGUUCUUGGAGGAUAAAGCUAAUCUGGAGCUCUUUAACAACGCAGCGAUCCCACAAGAUGUAACAGACUACUACAUCUUGCAGCUUUAUGAGUUCUACCCAUCCUUUGGACUCAUGAUGCUCCCAGGCUCUUUACUCUGCUCGCCUGACAUCCCAAGCUCCUUAUUUACUUCUCUUAGUGAGAACGAUACGAUGGCCAUCUUGGACAAGCUGAAGACAUUCUGCAACAGCACAGAGAAUCCUGAGAGAUCUGCAGCUCUGGCGUCCAACAUCAAGGUCUUCACAGCGCAAACGUUUGAAGACCUUGGAAAUGCGUCUUCUGGCCUGACAAACAGCCAGAUCCUGUCUGUGUCGUCUGAGGUGCUGGUUUUGUCUUUGUCCAUCCUGAGCUCAGUGAACACCUGGGGACAGGACCAGGCCAGCAACAUCAUCCACCGCAUCACCUCCUCAAGCUUUCAGAUCAACAGUGCAGCCUCUCUGGAGUCUCUGGGGACUCUUAUCAUUGGAGUUCCUUCAAAGUCAAUCAACAAUAUCUCAGCUUCUGAAGUACUCAGUGCGUCCAAGAACCCAACGCUUGUUUCCAACAUGCUGGAAGCCCCGAAGGUUGUCCAGGAGGCUUUUGUCAAAAAGAUCAUUUCUGUGGACUCCAGUCCAGCCAAAGUGGUGGAGAACGUCCCUGAUGCCUUAGCAACGGAGAUCCCACCCUCCCUGCUGCUGUUUCCUGAGGGAACAGCCAACAUCACUGCGAUAAACAAGAAGAUGUGGACCGCAGAUCAGGCCACCAUGUUUUUUGCGACGCUGGCUGAGGCAGAUUUUGACACUGAGCAACUUUCUCCAUUUGUGCUGCAAGGCUUCACAUGCGGCACGGUUAAGAAAAUGAGUAAAGCCCAAAUCAGUCAGUUGAUCCACGCCUGCAGGCCGAGGAAAGGCAGGGCUAAGGUGGAGCUGAAGGAACCUCAGCUGACCUGCAUGUACAACCUGAUCCGUGACGACCUCUCUCAGAACUUCACAGAUUAUCCUCCAGACAUGCUUCUCUACUUGGACUCCAAAAAUGUCCAGAAAGCAAACUGCAGGUCCUACUUUUCUGCCCUGGGUGCCGCAGACUUUUCUGUGGCCUCCAGCAUCUUGAACAAGGGCCCACAGAAGUUCAGGGAAGCUAGAGACUGCUUGGGGAUCAGUGGCGACAGCCUGAGCAGAGACAAUGUGGAGGUCCUGGGGAACAUGGUCUGCACUCUGGAUAGAUCCGACAUUGAGAAUUCAGAUCCUCUCAUCCUGGAAAACCUCAAAGCCUGCAAAGACCUCUCUGCCAGCCAGGUGGCUGCUAUGGAAACACUGCUGCUGUCUGGGAAAACACAAUACGGAGCUGUAAACAGCUGGGACCAACAGACACUAGAGGGGCUGGGAACACUUCCUUUGUAUUUAACAAGAAACAUCUGGACACAUUUCACAGCUGCAACACAGAAAAGAUUCCUUAAGGGUUUCAUGCCUGACCUAAGGAUACAAAAAACACAGAAGUGGAAGCUCAAGAACCUGUUUUCACAGCUCACCCCUCCAGCAGCAAAACGAGAAGCAGGAUGCAGUGAGAGGAACAUCACCCAGGUGACCGUCAGUGACCCUUCCUUCCCCUUUGGCUACAAUCAGCUGCAGUUUCAACUCUGCCUGGACGUUCCCAUUCUGAAAGACAACCUCUACUCCAUCUGCCAGAAAGUGGAUGAUGAUGGUUAUAAAAGGAUCAUCCUCAAUAAACUCAACCAGGCAUUCCCAUCUGGAGUUCCUGAUCAGGAAGUACAGAUGCUUGCUUCAGUCUCUCGCUCAGCAACACUUGAUGACAUCUCUAAGUGGAACAUCACUGAACUGGAUACCUUGGCAGCUCUGAUGAAACCUGAAGAUGGAACAUGGGAGACGGCACAGAGCAAAGCAAUCAUCACCAAGUACCUGAAUACCUCUGGAAAUUCACUGGGCAGCAGUGAACUGAACAUUAUUGACUCCAACCUGUGCUCACUGGACACCAGCACGUUACAGACCAUCACAGCAGACAGUAUCAGAAAUACCAAGCGUCUAGAUGUGGCAUCAUGUUCAACUGAGCAGAAGAGAGUCCUCUACGAGAUCAGCAACACCUCCUUCAGCGUCCAUCGUGAUAAUCCGAUUAACUUUUUUAACCUGGUUAAAGGCUAUCUAGGUGGAGCAUCUCUGGUUGAUAUAAUAUCUUUGUCAAAACAAAAUAUAAGCAUGGAUGUGAAAACCUUCAUGAAACUAAACAUCAGUGUUAUAACUGAUUUAACUGUUUCCAACGUCCAGAAACUCAUGGGGGAACAUUUACCGGACCUAAAGUUGUUUGAGAACGACACUGUGAUUCAGAUGUGGGUAAACUUGCAACAACAGUCGGAUCUAGACAGAAUGGGUAUUGGUCUAUCUACCAACAGCACGAUCCCUCCAACUACAAUGUCCACCCAGGAAACUAGUUUAACAAGUACUGGAACUGCAACUGGAACACGUUCUGACACACAAACAAAAACAUCCCUAACCACUUCUGACAUACCAGCACUUACUACCACAUACAGUUCAGCCAUUCAUACUGUAAGCAGCUCAUGGAGGACAACUAACACUGUAACCGAUGCUGGAACAUCAACAGGUAAUUCUGUGGCUACUGUUGGAACAACAACCGUGAGUGCUGAGUCUCCUCCUUUCACAACAAGAGCAAAAGUUUCAAGUAGUACUGGAACUUCAACACAAGAUGCUGGAACAAUCACAAUGUUAGAAACAACUGUUGGAACGAGUUCCUUGAUAUCAAACCCUAAACCUGAAACAAGUGCUAGAACUUCAACAGGAAAUGCUUUGGCCAGUGCUAUGACAACAGUAGACUCCGAAAACAGUGUUCUCACAGCAACAACAAACUUAGCAAGUGCUGCAACAUCAUCAUCAACAGGUGGUCCAACUGAUUCUUUGACAUCUUCAGAUUCUGAAUCUACCACUAGCACAACAAUGCCUUUUCCUACAACCAGUUCUGGAACAAUGAUGCCAAUAGGUACAACUACGAGUGGGACGUCAACAACAACUGCAGCCACAGGAAGUGAGACUCAGACCACUCUCACAAUCAGUGCUACCACAACAACAAAACAAACUUUAACCAGUACAGAACUAUCAAACACUGCAACCAGCCCUGUUACCCCAGAGCCUCCAACUGAAGGCAAGAGCAGUACAACAUCAACACCAGAUGCCAAAACAACCUCUGAGACAGCAACGGCAGAUGUUUCACUUGGUACACCAACAAAAAGCCUCACUGACUCUGAAACGCCAACCUUAGGUACCAGUAACAGUCCUGGGUCAGCAUUAUCAUCUCCUGGCACUACUACUGUGACCCAGUCUUCCAACUACACACAGAACCUGACAUUGGCCUUUCUUGAGGCUGUGCUGGAUAAAAAUUUCUCCAUGUCGGCUGUUAGUGAUGAGGAUUUCCUGCUAUGGCUUAGGCUGCAACUCAGACCUUUGCUGGUCAAUCUCUCUCCAGCUAUGGUUAUUCACCUCUUUGGUAUUGUGAAAAACAGGAGCUGCAACAGCAGCCAAGAGAUGAUUUCAGUGCUUGAAACUGUGCAGAUGACACUCAGCGACGAAACCAAGGCAGAGAUCUACAAAAAUAUGAUCCUCUUCCUCCAAGAUCAAACGCCACUAAAGUGUUACAGUGGUGGAAGCUUCUACAUCUUCCUGAAGAACAACUUCCUCAGCUUUGGCUUUCCUGAUGUCCCGUCAUUCAUCUCUCUUCUUCCACCAACACGCAAAUCAGAGCUCCUAAAUACCAUUAGCACCUCAGAACUGCGUCAGUUCCUCAUUCAGCCUGGCGCAAUCAGUAACAGUUCAGGCAUCUGCAUCAUCUUCAGCAACUACAACAACACUCCUUCCUUCCUAGAAAACGAGGACGUCCCAGAUGAUGUGAGGAGGAUCAUCCUUCCCUGUGUUUGGCCUUUGGCUCUGAGCAGCAACAGAAGAUCUGAGGUUGAUCUGUGGUUUAACGUACGUUUGAGGAACUAUCUGAGGUUCCUCACCAAGGAUCUCAUCAGCUUCAACAAAGUGCAGAAUGCCUCGUGUCUCACCUUCCAAAAACUGGUGUCUUUCAUGGGAAAGAACUUCACCUUCACCAGUUCAGACUUUGGACAGCCAGAUGUGUACACCACCAUCAGAAGCUACCUUGGUGCUGAAUCUGUGGCCAGAUGCUACAACGCCACAGACCCAGAUCUGAACUCCACCUCCUGGUUUGUCAACUACAUCGGCAGCUUUGUGAUAUUUAUCACUCUGGAUGAUUUCAAAAACUUUGUCAACACCUCUCAGCUGAUUGUGUUCUUGGAGGAUAAAGCUAAUCUGGAGCUCUUUAACAACGCAGCGAUCCCACAAGAUGUAACAGACUACUACAUCUUGCAGCUUUAUGAGUUCUACCCAUCCUUUGGACUCAUGAUGCUCCCAGGCUCUUUACUCUGCUCGCCUGACAUCCCAAGCUCCUUAUUUACUUCUCUUAGUGAGAACGAUACGAUGGCCAUCUUGGACAAGCUGAAGACAUUCUGCAACAGCACAGAGAAUCCUGAGAGAUCUGCAGCUCUGGCGUCCAACAUCAAGGUCUUCACAGCGCAAACGUUUGAAGACCUUGGAAAUGCGUCUUCUGGCCUGACAAACAGCCAGAUCCUGUCUGUGUCGUCUGAGGUGCUGGUUUUGUCUUUGUCCAUCCUGAGCUCAGUGAACACCUGGGGACAGGACCAGGCCAGCAACAUCAUCCACCGCAUCACCUCCUCAAGCUUUCAGAUCAACAGUGCAGCCUCUCUGGAGUCUCUGGGGACUCUUAUCAUUGGAGUUCCUUCAAAGUCAAUCAACAAUAUCUCAGCUUCUGAAGUACUCAGUGCGUCCAAGAACCCAACGCUUGUUUCCAACAUGCUGGAAGCCCCGAAGGUUGUCCAGGAGGCUUUUGUCAAAAAGAUCAUUUCUGUGGACUCCAGUCCAGCCAAAGUGGUGGAGAACGUCCCUGAUGCCUUAGCAACGGAGAUCCCACCCUCCCUGCUGCUGUUUCCUGAGGGAACAGCCAACAUCACUGCGAUAAACAAGAAGAUGUGGACCGCAGAUCAGGCCACCAUGUUUUUUGCGACGCUGGCUGAGGCAGAUUUUGACACUGAGCAACUUUCUCCAUUUGUGCUGCAAGGCUUCACAUGCGGCACGGUUAAGAAAAUGAGUAAAGCCCAAAUCAGUCAGUUGAUCCACGCCUGCAGGCCGAGGAAAGGCAGGGCUAAGGUGGAGCUGAAGGAACCUCAGCUGACCUGCAUGUACAACCUGAUCCGUGACGACCUCUCUCAGAACUUCACAGAUUAUCCUCCAGACAUGCUUCUCUACUUGGACUCCAAAAAUGUCCAGAAAGCAAACUGCAGGUCCUACUUUUCUGCCCUGGGUGCCGCAGACUUUUCUGUGGCCUCCAGCAUCUUGAACAAGGGCCCACAGAAGUUCAGGGAAGCUAGAGACUGCUUGGGGAUCAGUGGCGACAGCCUGAGCAGAGACAAUGUGGAGGUCCUGGGGAACAUGGUCUGCACUCUGGAUAGAUCCGACAUUGAGAAUUCAGAUCCUCUCAUCCUGGAAAACCUCAAAGCCUGCAAAGACCUCUCUGCCAGCCAGGUGGCUGCUAUGGAAACACUGCUGCUGUCUGGGAAAACACAAUACGGAGCUGUAAACAGCUGGGACCAACAGACACUAGAGGGGCUGGGAACACUUCCUUUGUAUUUAACAAGAAACAUCUGGACACAUUUCACAGCUGCAACACAGAAAAGAUUCCUUAAGGGUUUCAUGCCUGACCUAAGGAUACAAAAAACACAGAAGUGGAAGCUCAAGAACCUGUUUUCACAGCUCACCCCUCCAGCAGCAAAACGAGAAGCAGGAUGCAGUGAGAGGAACAUCACCCAGGUGACCGUCAGUGACCCUUCCUUCCCCUUUGGCUACAAUCAGCUGCAGUUUCAACUCUGCCUGGACGUUCCCAUUCUGAAAGACAACCUCUACUCCAUCUGCCAGAAAGUGGAUGAUGAUGGUUAUAAAAGGAUCAUCCUCAAUAAACUCAACCAGGCAUUCCCAUCUGGAGUUCCUGAUCAGGAAGUACAGAUGCUUGCUUCAGUCUCUCGCUCAGCAACACUUGAUGACAUCUCUAAGUGGAACAUCACUGAACUGGAUACCUUGGCAGCUCUGAUGAAACCUGAAGAUGGAACAUGGGACACGGCACAGAGCAAAGCAAUCAUCACCAAGUACCUGAAUACCUCUGGAAAUUCACUGGGCAGCAGUGAACUGAACAUUAUUGACUCCAACCUGUGCUCACUGGACACCAGCACGUUACAGACCAUCACAGCAGACAGUAUCAGAAAUACCAAGCGUCUAGAUGUGGCAUCAUGUUCAACUGAGCAGAAGAGAGUCCUCUACGAGAUCAGCAACACCUCCUACAGCGUCCAUCGUGAUAAUCCGAUUAACUUUUUUAACCUGGUUAAAGGCUAUCUAGGUGGAGCACCUCAAGCAGAUAUUGCAGCGUUAUCAAGACAGAACAUCAGCAUGGAUGUCAACACUUUCAGGAGUUUGGAUAUAAAUGUGAUAACUAAUCUGACUGUGGCCAACGUCCAAGGUCUGAUGGGUGAAAACCUACGAGAUCUCAAGCUGUUUGAGAAUGAUAUUGUGGUUCAGACCUGGGUGAACCUACAGCUACAGUCUGACCUGGACACACUAGGUUUGAAUCUAAUCACCACUAGGGCAGACCCAACAGUACCAACCGCUACAAACAGCACUGAGCCACAAGGAAACAGAAACAGUUCAAGUACAACCCCGGCCAGUACAGCAAUAUCAUCCCAAUCUGCAACCACCAGUGGUGUCCUGGAGUUCACAAAAUCACCAGUCUCUGUUCUCCUGACUGCUCUGCUCACAGCUGCUCUACGAAUAAUCCUACAACCAGCCUAAUUAUUGCACUGCUGCAAUAACUCAGGCAAUGCUUUCAUACAGCCUACAGUUAUUAUCACUAUUAGCUCUAUUAUUUACUCACAUGUACAAAAAAUACUUCAUCUCACCUUUUCGAUGUCUUUAUUAGCAUCAUGAAACUAAUCUAAGAAGAAUCAUUUAAAUCUUUACAUAACUAGUUGAUGGAAAUUAGGGGAAAAUUAAAAAGAACAUUCAUAUAAAGUGCUAAAUCAUGAUACAAUUAAUUGCAUUGGUUUUUAUCCUUCCAGAUGUAAUUCUUUUCUUCCUGUACUUUGUCCUGUACUUUAAACAUUAUCUAAAUAAAUAAAUGCACAUUAACAUAA